GAGGGCGAAGGCGCGGAGGGAUACGGAGCGGGAGCCGUGGGGUCCUGAGGUCGCCCGAAAAGGUCUGCCUGAGGAGGGGCGGGGCGGAAGGAGAGGGAGCUCCGCCGCGAGUCGACGCGCUGGCUUGGGGACGGAGGAGGGCGGGCGGAGGAGGGCGGGGCGCCCAUGGCGCGCGGAGGAAAGCGCCUGGCUGAGGCGGCGGCAGCAACGCCAGCAGCCCGCCCCGCCCACCGACUCGGCAGCCUCUCCUGGCAGACCUCGCGCGGCUGCCGCUUCCGCCCGAGAGGAGGAGGCGAGCGGUGGGUGGGGGCGGGGCUGGCGGGAAGGCGGAGGCGCCCCCCCCGCUGGGCGGCCCAUUGUUGGCGGCGGCGGCGGCGGCGGGAGUCGGGGGGCUGCUCGGGCGGCGGCGGCCUCCUCGGAACGGGGCGCUCUGGGCGGAGUGUGGAGGCGGCGGCGGCGGCGGCGGGGCCCGGGCGGCUGGCUAGCUGCCCCCGCGGCGCGCUCCCCUGGCCGGAGCCUCCCCCCUCCGCUUCCCUCCCGCUGCCGGGCAGGACCCCGCAGCCGCCCGAGGAGGAGCAGGAGGAAGAUGGACCCAGCCCAGCAGCAGCAGCAGCAGCAGCAGCGCAUGGCCGCCGCCAUCGGCACCGACAAGGAGCUCAGCGACCUGCUGGACUUCAGCGCGAUGUUUUCCCCACCUGUUAACAGCGGGAAAACCAGGCCAACCACGCUGGGGAGCAGCCGGUUCAGUGGAGCAGGUAUGGAAGAACGAACAGGUGAUGCAUCUUGGGGAACAAGUGGUCCAUCCAGUCCUUCCUAUGAACCUCCAAAGGAAAAUGGCAGUCUCCUUGGAAAAAGCUCAGAUCUCUCAACAGCUCUUGAAAAACUGAAACACGAGGAGGGUUUUACAGACAGUCCUCAUUAUGAUGAUCACUUGAAGGAUAGUCGAUUAGGGCCCAGUGAAGGCUUGUCCCCGACACCUUUCAUGAACUCCAGUCUGAUGGGGAAAACAUCAGAAAGAAGUCCGUUUCCAUUGUUUGGUCGAGACGCAGGACUUUCGGGCUGCCAGUCCAGUCUGCUUCGGCCAGAUAUUGGGCAUGGAGGUGCCAGUCAAAUGCCACCCUCGGGAAAAGCGGGAAUACCUUAUUACCCAUUCUCCACCACAAAUCCACGGCGAAGACCACUUCAUGAUUCCUCCUCUCUUGAUUCUCUGCAGACAAAGAAAAUUAGAAAGGUGCCUCCUGGUUUACCUUCUUCUGUCUAUGCACCAUCGCCAAAUUCGGAUGACUUCAAUAGAGAAUCUCCGAGUUACCCAUCUCCCAAGCCACCAAGCAGUAUGUUUGCCAGCACUUUCUUUUUGCAAGAUGGGACCCACAAUGCUUCCGACCUUUGGAGCCCUUCCCACGGAAUGAGCCAGGCUGGCUAUGGUGGAAUCCUGGAAAGUUCCUCCUCUCACAUGUCACAGUCGGGCAGUUAUGGCAGUCGGCACACACAUGACCGCUUGAGCUAUCCCCCUCAUUCAGUCUCCCCAACAGAUCUCAAUGCCGGCCUUCCUCCCAUGUCAAGCUUCCACCGGGGCAGCGCCAGCAGUUCCUCCUACGCCGCUGCCUCCCACGCUCCACCUGUCAAUGGGUCCGAUAACAGCAGCAUCCUGGUCAACAGAGGCAGUGGUGCAGGAAGCUCUCAGACUGGGGAUGCCCUUGGAAAAGCCUUGGCAUCUAUUUAUUCUCCUGAGCACACCAGCAGUAGUUUUCCAUCCAAUCCCUCAACACCUGUUGGCUCACCAUCACCUCUCACAGGUGCAGGUCAGUGGCCAAGGACUGGAGGACAAGCCCCCUCGUCUCCAAACUAUGAAACUUCUCUGCACUCCUUGAAAAAUCGAGUUGAGCAACAGCUUCACGAGCAUUUGCAAGAUGCUAUGUCAUUCUUAAAGGAUGUCUGUGAGCAGUCGCGGAUGGAAGAUCGCUUGGACAGGCUCGAUGAUGCCAUCAAUGUGCUUCGGAACCACGCGGUGGGGCCUUCAACCAGCCUGGCGGGGGCCCACGGAGAGAUCCAGAGUCUGUUGGGACCAUCCCAUAACGGGCCAAUCAGUAGUCUGAGCUCAAGUUAUGGAGCAUCCAGUCUUGUAACGACCAGCCGGCAGGCCUCAAUGGUUGGCACUCACCGAGAAGACAAUGUUAGCCUCAGUAGCAGCCAUUCAAGCUUGUCCAGUGCAGUUCCUGCACAGAGCACUGAACUAAAUAAUAAAACACAAGAAAGUUACAGAGCCCUGUCAGCUGGGUUGCCCAGCCAAGCAGUAGCGCUGGGUCCUGUCGAAAUCAAGUCGGAGCACAAGGAGAGAGACGAAACUGCACAUGAAGCCGCUUCAUCUGACGACAUGAGAUCAGACGAUGAGUCUUCCCAAAAGGAUAUCAAGCUCUCCUCAAGAGGAAGAACAAGCAGCGCUAACGAAGACGAGGAUUUAAAUCCUGAGCAGAAGCUGGAGCGCGAGCGGGAGAGGAGGAUGGCCAACAACGCUCGCGAGCGCUUGCGGGUCCGAGACAUUAACGAGGCCUUCAAGGAGCUGGGCCGGAUGUGUCAGCUGCACCUGAAGAGUGAGAAGCCCCAGACCAAGCUGCUGAUCCUUCACCAGGCGGUGGCCGUCAUCCUCAGUCUGGAGCAGCAAGUCCGAGAGAGGAACCUGAAUCCCAAAGCAGCCUGCCUUAAGAGAAGGGAAGAAGAAAAAGUUUCUGCCGUAUCGGCAGAGCCAUCCACCCCUCAUCCAGGAAGCCAUCCUGGGCUGAGUGAAGCUACCAACCCUAUGGGUCAUAUGUGAGCACCAGCCAGAAUUCUGGAAUCAUGGGGAGGAACCUAGAAGGUGACCUUUUCUUCACAAGGACAUACAGACUAAAAACAUUAAACAAAGACACAUCUGACAGGAGAAGCAAGAAACCCCAAUGCAAUCAUAUGAUCAAAGCUACUGGUCAACACUUGCAUCCAAGGUGAUGAUGCCAACUUCUCUUCCAGUAGAAUUUCAGCCCAGAAAUGCUCUGCCCAUCCUCUCCUCCCCCUCCAUCCUCCUGUUGCA